GUUUUGAAAAUCUAAAAUGUCAACUCAAUACACGUCAUUUUGGUCGCUGUAGUAAAUUGACAUUCACAGUCGGUGGUUAUAUAUGUAGUUUGUUUGUUACUUCAUUGCAUAGUUGAAGAAAAGAUGAAUUUACCAAGAUAAUUUGUGUCGAACAGAGCAAGAAAAGAAAAACAAAAGGGAAAGGAUCGGUGUUAUUUUGUUUGGUCUCGAGCUUACUGUGAGUGUGACUCUCACAACACCAGUAUAGUCAGGAUGGGUAGACCACAGAAUGGAAUCUAUAUCAUUCAGGGAGAGAUCAGCCUGGUUGUCACUGCGAUGAGAAGAAGCUCUCGAUGGGUGAACCACACACAGCAGGAUGAAGAAAGUGACCCCCUUCUUAGCAGUUUUUCUCAGUUAAAAGACAUACUGAAUAACAUAUCUGAUUUGGAUGAAAUUGAACCCAAUGCAUUCUUGGGACCUUUUCUGGAGGUGAUAAGAUCAGAGGACACAACUGGACCAAUAACAGGUUUAGCUUUGACUUCAGUGAACAAAUUCCUGUCCUACGGUCUGGUAGAUUCUUCUUGUGAGACAGCUCCAGCUGCUAUAGAGAAUAUUGCAGAUGCUGUCACACAUGCCAGAUUUGUAGGCACGGAUCCAGGAUCUGAUGAGGUGGUCCUCAUGAAAAUUCUCCAUGUUUUACGGACUCUGCUGUUAUCCCCAGCAGGGGUCCUCCUCACUAACGAGUCAGUCUGUGAAAUUAUGCAGUCAUGUUUCCGAAUUUGUUUUGAAAUGAGACUUAGUGAGCUGUUAAGGAAGUCUGCAGAGCACACACUUAUGGAUAUGGUGCAGUUAUUGUUUUCAAGACUUCCACAGUUUAAGGAGGAUCCGAAAUGGGUAGCCAACAUGAAAAAGCUAAAGAUGAGAACAGGUGGGGUGGAUCCAUCUCGUUUGGGUAGGAAGAAGAGAUCUCCUAAACCCAGACCAAAACGUCCCAAGAUGAAGCAGCAGGACAACACGACAAUUCGGGAGUCCGAAAAUGUAACCAGCUCCCGCGAGGAUGUGUCUGGGGGUCAGGAGGCUUCUCCAGAGAGCAAUGUAAUUGAAGGAAUAGAUUAUGUCAAUGCACCCAAGGAGAGGUUAGCCACGACCCCGGCCACCCCAGGGGAGGAGGGGGUGGUCGACAUCAGUCGACGCUUCCAGGAGGCAACAGACAGAGAGAGAGAAACUUCUCAGGACCCUUCAGAGUUUUCAGAACUUCAGACAGAGGAAAAUUCUGCUAAUGUCGAUGAAGAAGCUUUUUGUUUAUCAUCGGAGCCAUCCAAUAUAAAUUUAAGUAUAGAAAAUCCUGAAUCCACCCCACAAGUUCUGCUAUCAGUUCCAGAGAGUGAAGACAUAUCACAAAAGGGCUGUGAUUCACUGGGCAUGAGCGGGGAGCUGGACCGGGCUAGUUUACAGUCUGAGGACACAGAGUCUGUACACAGUACAGCAGAAAAUUUAGAACCAGUGAUGGUGGAUGAAAUUGUAAAUCCACAGGGGGUUAGAUUUACCCCACAUCACCAAUCCAAGGAAGGCUCUGGACCCUUGUUGCCAUACGGAUUGCCAUGUGUGCGUGAAUUGUUUCGAUUCCUGAUCUCUCUGACUAAUCCCCUGGAUCGUCACAACACAGAUGUAAUGAUACACAUGGGUCUUAGUCUUCUUUCCGUAGCUUUGGAAUCUGGAGCAGAUCAUAUCGGCCAUUACAAUUCUUUACUUUAUCUUGUUAAAGAUGAAAUGUGUCGACACCUAUUUCUGUUGUUGCAGUCCGAGAGACUUUCCUUGUUCUCGGCUUCUCUGCGAGUUUGCUUUCUAAUGUUCGAGUCCAUACGAAGUCAUCUGAAGCUACAGCUGGAGUUUUAUUUGACCAAGUUGACAGAUAUCAUAGUGUCCGAGUCUCCCAGGAUAUCGUUUGAGAUUCGGGAGAUAGCUCUAGAGUCUAUUGUUCAACUGUGGAGAAUCCCGGGUCUGGUUACAGAGCUCUAUCUUAACUACGACUGUGAUUUAUACUGUUCUAACUUGUUUGAGGAUCUUACCAAACUUUUAUCAAAGAAUGCCUUCCCAGUGCAGGGCCUGUUUUCCACCCAUCUUCUGUCUCUUGAUGCCCUGUUGACGGUGGUGGACAGCAUUGAGCAGCAUUGCCACAGCCGCAUACUGAGCACCACCAAACAUGCCACUGAGGGGAAACAAGGUGACCAGUCGUCAGAGACUAACACAGAGGAGAGAUUCCUUGAGCCCUCUGUACCAAGUCCACCAACCACUGGGUACAUAAUGGCACAGAAACUACUCAGUAAAGAACAAACUCAGGAAAGUUCAAAAGAGGAUCCAAAACACUUGGACACAGUGAAGAUAUCUCAGCCCUUUAGACAGAAUAGAAUGAAGGUGUCCUUAACUGUCCCGACAGCUGAAGAUAUUGCUGCCAUUAAACACAAGAAAAAGCUGUAUUACACAGGAACAGAGCAGUUUAACACUAAACCAUCCAAAGGAAUUGCAUUUCUCCAGGAGCAGGGUCUGUUGUCAGAUCCUCUGGACCCAGGAGAGGUGGUCACUUUCUUGAAGGAAAACCCGAGACUGGACAAAGCCAUGAUUGGGGAGUACGUCGCCAAGAAAACCAAUAACAAAGUUCUGGAGGCAUUUGUAAAGUCGUUUAACUUUGAGGAUCUUCGAUUGGAUGAGGCUUUGAGGCAGUACCUCGAGGCCUUCCGUUUGCCUGGAGAGGCUCCUGUCAUUUCUUACUUGAUAGAACACUUUUCUGACCACUGGCAUAAAAGUAAUGCUGAGCCAUUUGCCAGCACCGACUCUGCAUUCACUCUGACGUACGCCAUCAUUAUGCUCAACGUCGAUCAGCAUAAUCACAACGCUAAGAAGCAGAACAUCCCCAUGAAUGUGGCUGAAUUUAAGAUUAACUUGAGGAAAUGUAACGGUGGAGCAGAUUUUGAUCAGGAUAUGCUGGAAGAAAUGUACAAUGCAAUAAAGAAUGAUGAAAUAGUGAUGCCAGCUGAACACACAGGUUUAGUCAAAGAAAACUAUCUGUGGAAGGUCCUGUUGAGGAGAGGUACCACAAAGGAUGGUCUAUUUCUACAUGUUCCCUCCGGGUCAUUUGAUCAUGACUUAUUCACCCUCAUCUGGGGCCCCACAGUGGCAGCUCUGUCAUUUGUGUUUGAUAAAAGCUCUGAUGAUUCUAUAAUUCAGAAAGCCAUAGCAGGAUUUAGGAAAUGUGCAAUGAUAUCAGCUCACUAUGGAAUGAGUGAUGUGUUCGAUAAUCUAGUCAUAUCGUUGUGUAAAUUUACCACCCUUCUCAGUUCUGCAGAGAGUCCUGAAAAUCUACCAGUGAUGUUUGGGAGCAACUCUAAGGCUCAAUUGGCGGCACGGACUGUGUUUGGGUUAGCUCAUCGCCAUGGUGAUAUUUUAAGAGAAGGAUGGAAGAAUAUACUGGACUGUAUGCUUCAAUUGUACCGUGCCAAAUUGUUACCAAAAGGACUCAUUGAAGUUGAGGACUUUGUAGACAGCUCUGGAAAGAUCUGUAUUGUAAAAGAAGAGAUAACAGCCGCUCAGAGGUCUGAGGGAGUUCUGAGCAGUUUCUACUCAUUGUUCACCAGUUCUGAACCAGCAGUAAACAAAGGUCCCACCCUGGAGGAACAGGAGGCCUCCAAACAAGCCCAGACUUGUAUCCGGGACUGUCACUUGGAACAGCUGAUACUGGACAGCAAGUUUCUCAGGGAGGACUCUCUGCAGGAACUCGUUAAAGCUCAGAUCUUUGCCUCACAAGGUCCUGAAGUCCAUAACUCAGAGUUACAAUUUGAUGAAGAUGCAGCUGUUUUCUUCCUAGAACUUUUAAUUAAAGUCAUUCUUCAAAACAGAGACAGAGUUGUACCUAUAUGGCAGAGUGUAAGAGACCACUUAUACAAUCUGAUUGUGAAUUCCAAUGAGUGCACAUUCUUAGUGGAGCGAGCUGUAGUCGGUCUGCUGCGACUUGCCAUCAGACUUUUACGUCGGGAGGAGGUGGCGCCACAAGUCCUCACGUCUUUACGUAUCUUGUUGAUGAUGAAGCCCAUUGUCAUCCACUCUUGUACCAGACAAAUAUCACAUGCCCUGCACGAGUUGCUGAGGACAAAUGCUGCCAACAUUCACACAGGCCAAGAUUGGUUCACACUGUUCACUCUGUUGGAGGUUGUGGGGGCGGGGGCUAACCCCCCACCUCUACUACAGGUCUGCCCAGGAAUAGAAAUGUCUGAGGCCAUCAGUGAUGCAGGUGCACAGAGUGACAGUGAGUUGCCCAGUGCCUCUGUUAGUGAUAACUUCAGUGACCGGGGCUACACAUCGGAUAGUGAAAUUAGUUACGACAGGCAGGCAACGGCCAACAGAAGCCCCUCCCCUCUGGAGAUCAGACCUAUUCAUGAUAAUGGCAGCUGGCUUCUGGUCAACAAGGACACACACCAACCCAUUAAUGAAGAUCAGGCCACAGCAAACAUUCCAAAGGUGAUUCCCAACCAGUACAGCAUUGAGUUGAGUGAGGACUUGCAUUACUGUGACAGUAAAGCCCUGCUGAAGUCGUCUGAGACCCUGGCUUUCCUAGUCAGGGACGCUGCCCAUGUCACUCCACUUAAUUUUGAGAGCUGUGUCCACUCCAUCCGAGCGUUUGUGGAGGCCAGUGUUAAUGGAGGUAGGAGAAGGAUCCCUGUCUUUGCUAGACAACAAAAACCACAAACCAAACAUUCUAAAAAGUCCAAACGAGACGCAGGAAAAAUGAAAAAGUCUUCAUCCUCACCAAGCCAUCUCCAAAACAUGUGUCCAUCAGAUGAUGAGGGGGAGGAAGAUGGAACAGCAGGAGGAUUAGCCUCACUAUCAAUACAGCUGUUGGAUCUUAUGCACACACUCCAUACACGUGCAGCAACUAUAUUUACAUCCUGGGCAGAAGAACAAAAUAAUGAAGAGCGAGAAUCUAUCGAUGCCUGUCAUAGUGCAUUGUGGAUAAAGUGUUGGUGUCCUUUAUUACAAGGAAUAGCCAGGCUAUGCUGUGAUACUAGAAGACAGGUCAGAAGUCAGGCAUUAACUUAUCUACAGCGGGCUUUGCUGGUUCAUGACCUACAAACUCUCUCGGCAACUGAAUGGGAGGCUUGCUUCAAUAAGGUAUUAUUUCCCCUCCUGACCAAGCUUUUGGAGAACAUUAAUAUACAGGACCCCUCUGGUAUGGAGGAGACCAGGAUGAGAGCUUCUACAUUACUUUGCAAGGUUUUCCUCCAGCAUCUGAGCCCCCUGUUGUCACUGAGCACCUUUACUGCCCUGUGGCUGACAAUAUUAGAUUUCAUGGACAAAUACAUGCACGCUGACAACAGUGACCUCUUGUCGGAGGCUAUACCAGAGUCGCUGAAGAACAUGUUGUUGGUGAUGGACACGGCCAACAUAUUCCACACAUCAGACGGAGCCGAGUCGCAGCUCUGGAAACUCACAUGGGACAGGAUUGACUCAUUUUUACCACAAUUGAAGAAUGAGCUUUUCAAGCCAAAAACUUCAGGGGAGACCCCAGUGAUUAGCUCUCAGCCCAUUCCCAGUGCUGCUGCACCAGUAGCUCAGACGUUACAUGAGCAGCAGACACCUGCAGAGUCACUAGCUUCUCAGAUCCCACCAGAAGUCCCACUAGAGGGCAUCACUGUUGUUAAGGAACACAGUCAUGACUUCUACCAUGGGUCAUCUGAGGAGGGUGAUUCCCCAACCCCACAGCCUCAUAUGGCCCUCUCUCACUAUCUUAGUCAGCCCCAUUGCUCACCCGUCGGGCACCACCCACACGUCUCGGUGCAUAAAAGCCAUAUUAAUCCUGAGCCCCCUGUUCCACUUUUGUUGCACCCAGAUAUAAUGCCCUCCACUCCUGUUCAGUUUGUCACAUCACAAGUAAGUAAAACUGCAUGUCCAGGGACUGGGCUUGGGUUUGGAGCUAGGGUAGUAUAUAAGCCAACAGGCUUCUGGGUUACACAUACAACUUGCUUUUACAGAAUUCCAGGGGACUGUUGCAUCCUUUGCAAAGUUGCAGGGUAUACUUGUAUUAUUUGCUUGCAUGUAGGAACCGUUUAAUGAGUACCAGUCCACGUCGUUAGCAUAUUGACUACAUUGAUAGAAAGCAGGGAGAGGAAGUAUGUCUGUUGCUUACUGCAUCAAAUGUUAUAGGUCGUAGGAAUCGUAUGUAACACAGUUGUAAAUACCAUAAUGCAAUACCAUUCAAGAUGCCAAUUUCAUAAUCACCACAGUGGACAGCAGCUUUUAGGUCAAAAGGUCUCAAAAGGUCAAAGACUCGAAGACAUUAGUCAAAUGUAACAAUGUUAGGAACACCAUGUAAAGAGUAUCAUUCAAGAUAUUGAUCAUGGAAUGCGUAUAGGAAGAGAAAAUGAUACCUAGAUUAUACCGUCAUUUGUCAGAAUGAGAUCAAGUUUAAAUGUGACAAUAUUUUGGACACAAUAUAGAGAAUACCAUACUAGGAUUUAACUCUCAGACUUGCUUCAGAGAUGCAUAUAGGGAGAGGAAGAUGCCUAUUGAUUUCUGGAAGAAAGGGUUACAUGUCAAAUUAAGUCAGCAAUCAUAAAAAAGACUGGGUUUAUCAGUCUCAUACUAAGUCAGCAAUCUUAAAAAAAAAAAAAGGACUGGUUUGUCGAUCUCAUGAAUUGUACUUAUUGAGAAUUGAGCUCUAGGGCAACAGGUCAUAUAGUCUGUACUCAAAUGAAACAAUGGUGUGACCACAAUAAAUGGAAUACCUGGUUCAAAGAAGACAACUGUUGAUUUAUAGGUCAAAGGUUAAAUCACAUGUCCUGUAUCUGAAAUUUUAUCAUUCUCAAAGGUAAAAAGCCCUAGGGUAGUAAAUCUUCUUUCUUUAUAAUAUAUAAUAGAUUUAAUUAUAUAUAAAAACGUAAGGAAUCUCCCACUCUAGGAUCAUAUUCAUCAACUUCCUGAUAAGAUUUCAGAUACCUAUAGUUAAAUGUUGUCUUACAAUGUUUCCUGAUGGUACUUAUUGAAUGGUGGCAUGUUAGGAGGAGGUACUCAGCUGAAUCAAAUGAAUGGGUUCAUACUUCGUAUACCAGCUUUCACAACACAUACAGGGAAUGAUGGCAUAUUUUCAGGGUACUCAACUUGAUGGGUUCAUACUUUUA